GGCGGCGGCCGGCCCGGGCCCCGUCCUCCCGGGUGCCGAUAUUUUCCGGGCCGCCCCGCGGAAUCUAGGAGCCCGAGGCCGUCGCGUCUCCGUCUGCGGGGCUUCCCGAGGGUCUGUGGUUCUCCGUGUGGGUCCCUGUCUCUCUUGGGUCCAGGUUGCUCCCCGGCGGCCUCCCUCGGAAGUGCUCCGUCUUCCACCUCUUCGUUGCCUGUCUCUUACUGGGCUUCCUCUCCCUGCUCUGGCUGCAGCUCAGCUGCUCCGGGGACAUGGCCCGGGCAGCCAGGGGACAAGGGCAGGAGACCCCGGGCCCACCCCGCUCCUGCCCCCCCGAGCCACCACCUGAGCACUGGGAAGAAGACGCCUCCUGGGGCCCCCACCGCCUGGCUGUGCUGGUGCCCUUCCGCGAGCGCUUUGAGGAGCUCCUGGUCUUUGUGCCCCACAUGCAUCGCUUCCUGAGCCGGAAAAAGAUCCAGCACCAUAUCUAUGUGCUCAACCAGGUGGACCACUUCAGGUUCAACCGCGCAGCCCUCAUUAACGUGGGCUUCCUGGAGAGCAGCAACAGCACGGACUAUAUCGCCAUGCAUGACGUGGACCUGCUGCCCCUCAACGAGGAGCUGGACUAUGGCUUUCCUGAGGCUGGGCCCUUCCACGUGGCCUCCCCGGAGCUCCACCCGCUCUACCACUACAAGACCUACGUGGGCGGCAUCCUGCUGCUCUCCAAGCAGCACUACCAGCUGUGCAAUGGGAUGUCCAACCGCUUCUGGGGCUGGGGCCGUGAAGAUGACGAGUUCUACCGGCGCAUCAAAGGGGCCGGGCUGCAGCUUUUCCGUCCCUCGGGAAUCACAACUGGGUACAAGACUUUUCGCCACCUGCAUGACCCAGCCUGGCGGAAGAGGGACCAGAAGCGCAUCGCUGCUCAAAAACAGGAGCAGUUCAAGGUGGACCGCGAGGGCGGCCUGAGCACCGUGAAGUACCGCGUGGAUUCCCGAACUGCCCUGUCAGUGGCCGGGGCCCCAUGCACUGUCCUCAACAUCCUGUUGGACUGUGACAAGACUGCCACCCCCUGGUGCACGUUUGGCUGAGCUGGCGGGACAAUAAGGAAGCCUGUACCCGCAGGCCACACAGCUCCUCAGGCUCAGGACAAAGCCUCAGGCCCCGGGCCCAACUCCAGUAGGACGUGGAGGGUCCCGAAGCAGCGGAUAGUAGGCCACCCGGCUCCCCCAGGGCAGGCUGGAGCCGGGACGGGACACACCCUUGGGCGCCCGAGACGCUGCUGGCAAUAAACAGUGACACAGAGAGGCUGGAUGCAGCUCCCACCUGGGACCGUCCACCCCCUUCCUGCUUGCCCUGCUCCACCUGCCCUCGGGCACUCAGACCAUGAGGACUUUUGGUUCCUUCCCCCUGGACCGCCUUGGGCAGAAGCCAGGCCAUGAACAUGGGUGGCCGGGCCCAUCAAGAGGUUUAGAACUGCAGACAUUUAGAACUGCAGACACCGCUGUGCAGGUCCCACGGUAGGACACUGCGGACGCCGGCUCUGGCUGCAUGUCACUGUGCAGGAACGCAGGCCCCAUGUUGCUGGAUCUUCUGAUUUUUUCAAAAGAAACUAGAAUUCUGGA